AAGUAUUUUAUCAUAACACUCUAUACCUUUAAAUAAUACGAAUAGUGUCAUAAAAGUAGUGUAUUAAAUGAAAGAAAUCUAUUUUCAUAAUAUAACCUCCAGUACAAUGCGAUGUACCCACAAUUAACGUAUUCGAAGGAAUACGCAAGGAUAAGGUCAUUGAAAGCAUAAAGAUAAAAAUACAAAAAAACAAGGGGAUCUAACGGAAAGUGUGAGAUAGAAGGGGAAUAAUAAAGACAGGAAAGCACUGUAAUUAGUUUUUUGGUCACAUCUACAUUUUAUCAAAUGACUGUGGAUAAUACUAACAGCAACGAACAAGUUAUCCUUGUAACAGGUGGUUAUGAUCACACUAUCAAAAUAUGGCAACCUCAUACAGGAGUUUGCCAACGCACAGCAGAACACAUAGACUCGCAAGUCAAUGCGUUAGACAUUACACCAGAUAAAUAUCUAAUAGCAGCUGCUGGAUAUCAACAUAUAAGGAUGUAUGACUUGGUGUCAAAUAAUCCAAAUCCAAUUAUUAAUUAUGAAGGUGUAUCAAAGAAUAUUACAGGUUUAGGUUUUCAGGAAGAGGGUAAGUGGAUGUAUACUGGAGGUGAAGAUUGUUCAGCAAGAAUUUGGGAUCUUAGGUCGAGUAGCUUCCAAUGUCAAAGAAUAUUUCAAGUAUCAGCUCCUGUAAAUUGUGUGUGUUUGCAUCCUAAUCAAGCAGAACUUAUUGUUGGUGAUCAAAGCGGCGUUAUACAUUUAUGGGACCUACGUUCAGAUCAUAAUGAACAACUGAUACCAGAGGCCGAAGCGUCCGUGCAAGACGUUGCAAUCGAUCAAGAUGGAACGUGUAUGGCAGCGGUGAAUAACAAAGGUCAUUGUUACAUUUGGACACUCACGGGUGGUGUAGGCGAUGAACCUACACGUCUUAAUCCUCGUCACAAACUUUCGGCGCAUAAACGUUAUGCGCUUCGAUGCAAAUUUAGUCCCGAUUCUACACUUCUAGUAACUACAUCUGCCGAUCAGACUGCUCGAGUUUGGAAAACUACAGAUUUUUCAGAAGUGCAAGUACUUCAACAUGAGGCAAAGCGAUGGGUCUGGGAUGCUGCAUUUAGCGCUGAUUCACAAUACAUAUUUACCGCUUCGUCCGAUGGUGUUGCAAGAUUAUGGAACGUGUCGACAGGAGCAGUAGAACGAGAAUAUCAAGGUCAUCAAAAAGCAGUCACUGCUCUUGCAUUCCGUGACGAAGUACUGUCUGUCUCCUAAAUAGGUCGUACAUUUAUUUUAAUUUUUAUAACUUUCGAGUAAAGUAUUGUGUUUUGGUACAACUAUAAUAAGGAAUGUCCUCUUAGUCCAUAAUUUGUGUCACACUACGUGAUUCUUCUGUUUUUUCUUUUUACUCGUGUCUUCCGUUUUCUUUUUUCGAUUUUAUUGCAUAUGAUCUUACAAUGUGUUCUCUUGUAUAUUAUUUAGUUCAAUCCCAGUCUUAAAAUAGUUUUACAUAUUUCCAAGCAUAUACAUAUGUAAACCAUGAAGUGAUUUUAUACAUGUGCACAUAAUAUUAAUUUUAUCUUCGAAUAUGCCAUUAAACAUAAAAUUGUCUACAAUUACGAGA